GUACGAUGUAUGCUUUCGAAACAGGAACCACGCGAUGUAACCUAGAAAAUGAAUGGCUCAAGCCACCCUACUUGGAAGCCUAGAACUAGACAAGGCAGCUUUGGGGGCUUCCACCGUAUACGGAUUCCAUAUUGUAAAGGGGACUUUUCCGUUGCUCCUGCCCCAGCCAGCUGAACGUGGAAUGCGGACACGAAACAUGCCCUACUCAACACGCUUCCUCUAUAGCCUCUCAGCAGCAUUGAUAUUCCUUCUUUUCGUCACUAUCGGCGUCGUAUUCAAUUCAGUGGGCAACUGGAGCAGCCUCUCACAACCCUUCCAGCUCCAUGUUUGUGCCAGCGAGCCCCCUCCCCCACCUCCAGUCAUUCGCCAAUUCCAGCCCUUGACCCCGAAAACCUCAUGGGAAUCACUUCUUCUCCCCCAGAAUGGCGGCAUCCUCAAGGUCCGAACAAGCAACAACACCGUAACCGACUACGGGAUCUCCAUGUUCCACCAGCUCCACUGUCUGACGGUUCUUCGUGGGCUGAUAUUCCCUGAGACGACCCAUCAUCACGGAGUGCCCACAACAUCACCUUCACACUCGGGCGAUGCUCAUGAAGACGCUGUGCACUGGGAGCAUUGCUUCGAUUACAUUGCACAGGUGAGUUGCUUGUGGUGCACCUGGUGACGUUCCCGCCAUCCUCUGACAGUUGGAAGGCUAUAAUCUGUGCGGCAGACGACACUAUCGAACCGCCUCGCUCGGCUGUCGAUAAAGAUGGAAAACGCGUCUUGAUCAUCGACGGGCUGGGACAUCCGCAUCAGUGCAGAGACUCGGAGUUGUUAUGGCGGGCUGUCCAAGAUAGUGAAGUUCAUCCUGUUGAUCUUGCUCGAGUGAAGGGCACAGUUAGCCGCAGUAGGAUUCUGCUCGAUCAUUGAUUAUGAGAUAUGUU